AAAUGAGUAAACAGAUCAAAACAAAGCAAAGUAGCGGUUAAGCAGAUCGUGUUUCAUUUUAAAUUCCUUCCUCAGUGAAAGUUUGACCUUGCCCUUGUCAUGUUUAAGUGUAUUAAAUAUCAAUGAACCAGACGCUUAGUUAACCAAGUUAAUAAAAUGCUGACGUAGUAAAAAUCACACAGCAUUCGGUUCUUUUGUUUUUGCCAAAUUAUCUCUUUGUGUUUUUGCGGCUUUUGUUCUUGUAUUUCCCGUUAAAAGCGUUUAAUUUUGGAAUUCUUUCAAAUUAAAUAAAUUUUUGGACUUACACCGAAUCUUACACAGGCAAUGUCGAAGGAUACGGACGUGGAGCAGGCGACAAAGCCGGAGAGCGGAGUUGUCCAGGUGGAGCCCGCCAUUCCGGAGGAGUCACCGACAACGGUGUCCAGCACAACGACGGUGAUCGCCGUGACCAAUGGGGAAAAGCCAGUGGAAGUGACACCAGCAACAGUAGCAACACCUGUGACACCUGCAACAGCAGAACUAGUGCAACCUGCAACAACCAUUGCUGGCAUUGAAUUGGCCACACCAACAGCCACAGCUACAUCAACAGGCAGCAGCAAAGCCAACAUGGAUCCGGCGCUGAUUAACUUCAAGGUUCUCUACGUGCUGACCCAGCUAUGUGGAUUGACGAUGAUCGUCCUGGUGGGCACCUGGAUUGGCCAGCACUUUGGCGGACUGGGUGGUAGCUCCAAUCCAAAGUUGGAGUUCAACUGGCACCCGCUGUUCAUGACCAUUGGCUUCAUCUACUUGUAUGGCAACUCCAUUCUGAUCUAUCGCGGUUUCCGCACCACGCGCAAGAAGACACUGAAGCUCACCCACGCCGGCAUCCACAUUGCUGCAUUUAUUCUGACGGUGAUUGCCCUGAAGACGGUCUUCGAUUCGCACAACCUGGCCAGUCCGCCCAUUCCCAAUAUGUACUCCCUGCACUCGUGGCUGGGAUUGUCGGCGGUGAUCGUCUUCUCGCUGCAGUACGUGGCCGGAUUUGUGGCCUUUUUGGCGCCAGGUGUAAGGGAGAACUACAGGAUCGCCUUGAUGCCGCUGCACAUCUACUUCGGACUGUUUGGCUUCGUUCUGGCCAUCGCAAGUGCUCUGAUGGGACUCACCGAGAAGGCAAUCUUCGCUGUCACAAAUCCCCCCUAUUCCUCCCUGCCGACUGCUGGUGUCCUCGCCAAUGUGAUCGGAGUGCUGUACGUCGUAUUUGGAGCUCUGGUUGUCUACCUGGCCACUGAGCCCGCCUAUAAGCGAAAGCCCAUUCCCGAGGACACCGCCCUGCUAAACUCCAGCUCUGUCAACGAGUAAGGACUAUUUAAACGCCCCAAAUCAGCUGCAAUGCUUACUUAAGCUCAAAACUGUGCACAAAACCAAACGAAACCGAAACCUGAUCACACGUAUGGUGCUUUUUUGUUGACGAUGGAAAUGAAGAUGAAGAUUAAGAUGCGUGCUGUUUGUAUUCGUCGAGAUGCGUGUAUUAUCUGUAGCAAGUACAUAACUUAAUGACUAUGUAUAAUUCUGAAUUAUCCACAUACGUAUAUACUUGGAUCACUAGUUGGGCAAGGAUUUCAGCGAGUGCUCAAAUCGUAACGUAUUUAACCUCAAGAAGAACAUUUGUUUUGAACUGUACGAAUACAUCUAUCAAUGUGUGUUAUAAAUGCUUAAAUAAAAAUAUAUAUUAAUACAA